GUGCCCAGGAUUGAGCCCGGGCGAGAGGCGAGUGUCAACAGCAGUGCUGGAGGAGGAAGGUUAAGAGUGUGUGUGUGUGAUCCAGUGAUGUGUGUCUCAGUUUUGUGAGGUGCACCAGUGUGGGGAGUGGCAGACACAGCAGUGUGUGGGGGUGGCAGGCAGACAUCAUGGGGUCAGCACACAGCACCAGGAAGAUCACACUGGUUAAUGAUGAUAAGGCCGGCGUUAUCAAGCUUUCAGAAUCAUUGGCAUAUCGGUUGCGAGGACAGAUAGAAGGUCAGCAGGCUGCAGCAGAGGCCUCAGGUCCUGCAGCAGCUGCAGAAUCACCUCUAGCCCCUGGGCCUCCAUCCCCUACUCCCAUAGAUUCUGAACCAGUUGCUCUUGAGCCCAUUGCUCAGAAGCCCUUGAUUCCAGAAUCUCCAGUCCAUGAAUCAGCAGCUCCAGAACCUGUGGCUCCAGAGUCUCUGGUUACUGAACCAACAGCUGUGGUUGGAGUAAAUGAGGGCACGACAAAAGUAGCAUCUGCUGAUGCAGAGACUUCACCCCCUCCAGAUAUUGGUGUGGCAUCUAAAGCUGGUCCACCACCUUCACUUAGUCAUCCAAGUGGUAACAUCCCACCAUGGUCUAUAUAUGCUGAGGAAGCUCAUUUGAUGGUAAUGCGGUUACGAGAAGAAAAGGAACGAGAGAUGGAGAAACUGAACCUCGACUGGCGUGAGAAAAUGGAAGGCAGAGAAAAGGAGGUAAAUAUCAGUAGUUUGUAUGGUAAAAUGAUUUAAGGAAGCAAGUUAAUU